AAAAAAAAAAAAAAACUCUUAGCAAUACACACCAAACUGAGCAUGUGCAGCUUGCCCCCAAGACUCUGUUCUAUCAGCAGAUGGAUUUGGGACAGUAAAAGAAGGGGAGGAUCAGAGAAGACAGGAUCAAACAGCCCUAUUACAUAAUGUAAAUGAUUAAUCCCUUCGGUUCCAUAGUGAGUAUAACAAGCAUGCUUUACUGCCAGGGGUGGACUGACAACUCAUGGGGCCCCCGGGCAAUAGGGGAUCA